AUGCUUGUGAUUUGUUCCUUUGUAAUGACUCCUGUAUUGUUUUUCGCCAAUUUCUUAGAUCCAAGCUUGAGUACUUUACGCGUUGACUUCCCGCAGUUAAACGCUACCUCUCUUUCAAAUAUUUUCACAACCGACGACAACAAUCUUAACCAGCAACUUAGUUCUCUUUUCGGAUCACUCACUGACUACGAACUUCAACAAUAUAGUGGUGAACGCCUUUACUCAUAUCUAUUCUGUAUGGCUCAGGUUGACGUGAAUAGAGAUGAAAUUCUUUAUGGCUGCACACCUUCAUACGGCUUCAAGGUUGGUUACUUUAUUGAACGUCUCGUACCUGAAAACUUCAAGGAGCCAAUGCUUGCAGCUUAUCAAUCCAUUUCUACCUUUAAUUCCAUUCGCUCUUAUGGAAAUCUACACAUGGUUAUGCUUUGGCUUGUCAAAUUGUGUUUCGGUAUCCCUAUGUUUCUAUCUGUUUACAUCCUCUUUCAUCAAUCAUUUUACAUUUUCGAUAGUAAAAAAGAGGAUCGAAAGAUAUACAAGUAUAUCAUUGCCAAUGCAGCUUUUUUAGGAAUUGGGUGUAUUACUCUUUUCCUUACGGAUAUAACCAUAUUGGGUAUUAUCAACAAGAACUUCACGGACUGGGGAUUUUAUGCAAGCCUUACCGCUUGGGGGAAUCUUAUUGUUUGGGGUACUUUUGUUAUUGCUUUUCUUGAAUUAUGGGCCCAGUAUAAGAUUGUUUAUGGGUUUGAAAUAUAUCGAGCUGCUGUAAAGUUCAUACGGCAAAAAGGUAAAAAUGGUGAUUACAAUGGUAUGGGAUAUGUUUAUAUUAAUCCAAAUGAUCUUGAGAUUCCAGAUGAAUUCCUUUCUGAAUUGCAAACCAAGAGGGAAGAACAACAAAGGAUUAAAAGAGCAAAAAAAGAGGAGAAAAAAGCAGAGGCUUAUGCUAGAAGGGAAGAACAGCUUAAAGUAUCGAUUCAACUUAAGGCCGAAAGGGAAGCUGAAAGACAAGCCAUUAAGGAGAGGCAAGAAGAAGAACGACAAAUGAAGCUUGAAGAAGAAGGGCGUUUAAAGAUUAUUGCUUUGGAAAAAAAGAAAGAAAAGAAAGCUGAAAGGGUUUGCAUGCGUGAGCUUGCUCAGGCUGAAAAGGAAGCUGAACGGAUUCGUUUGCGUGAACUUGCUCAAGCUGCCAAACAAGCUCAAGAAGAGGAACGAAUGCAACGUCAACAAGAGUGGAUUUUUGCCAAAGAAAGGGCGCGUGCCGAAGCAGUAAUGAAAGCAGAAGCAAAAGCCAUGGCUCGUGCUGAAAAGAACAAGCCUGUUAGUACUCAGGAUGAUAUGGAUAACAACAGCUCUAGCUUCGGUGAUAUUGAUGAGAUUCAAGAAUAUAGAGAAUCUGUGGCAUAUCCACAGUCUGCCCGAACAAAGUUUACUGGAUACCCACAGUCAUACGAACCCUCCCGUAGAGCGCGUUAA